UCUCCUCAUAAAAUUUUCUGUGCGCCACAGCAACAAAUAUUAAACUGCUCCAUAACUGUCUCGGUCUCUCUCCUUCCUUGUAUAUCUUUAUAACAGCAACUCAAAAAUUAAAUAAUUAUCACCAUUUCAUCUCUCUUUCCUUAUUUAACUACUCAACAUAGCUUCACGUUUACGUUUCAUGAACCAUAGCUUGAGUUUGUUUUCUGAGUUUUGAUAAAUCUAUAUUCAGAGACGAAAUGGCGGGAAACGACUGGAUUAACAGUUACUUAGAAGCGAUCCUGGACGCUGGUCCAGGAAUCGACGAUGCAAAGUCAUCACUGUUGCUGAGAGAGAGAGGACAUUUCAGUCCUACUCGAUACUUCGUCGAAGAGGUCAUCACCGGCUUUGAUGAAACCGAUCUCUACCGCUCUUGGGUUCGAGCUUCGGCUACUAGAAGUCCGCAAGAGAGGAACACUAGAUUGGAGAACAUGUGUUGGAGGAUUUGGAAUUUGGCGCGCAAGAAGAAGCAGCUUGAGGGAGAGGAAGCUCAGCGUAACGCUAAACGUCGUCUUGAACGGGAAAGAGGCCGCAGGGAGGCAACAGCAGAUAUGUCAGAAGACUUAUCAGAAGGAGAGAAAGGAGACUUGUCUGGUGACCAUUCUGCUCAUGGUGAUAGCAGUAGAGGAAGAAUGCCUAGAAUCAGUUCUGCCGAUGUGAUGGAGAAUUGGGCUAGUCAAUACAAGGAAAAGAAACUCUACAUUGUGUUGAUAAGUCUUCAUGGCUUGAUACGGGGUGAAAACAUGGAGCUCGGUCGUGAUUCUGAUACAGGUGGCCAGGUUAAGUAUGUAGUAGAACUUGCAAGGGCUUUGGGCUCAAUGCCAGGAGUUUAUCGGGUUGAUUUGCUGACGAGACAAGUAUCGGCUCCAGAUGUUGAUUGGAGCUAUGCUGAACCAACAGAGAUGCUGCAUUUAAGAACCACUGAGAACUUGACGCAUGAGGUUGGGGAGAGCAGUGGUGCGUAUAUUGUCCGUAUACCAUUUGGUCCAAAAGAUAAAUAUAUACAAAAAGAGCUCCUUUGGCCCCAUAUUCCUGAAUUUGUUGAUGCUGCCCUUAGCCACAUUAUACAGAUGUCCACAGUUCUGGGUGAGCAAAUUGGUGGUGGACAACCUGUGUGGCCAGUUGCAAUUCAUGGACAUUAUGCAGAUGCCGGUGACUCUGCUGCUCUCCUAUCUGGAGCUCUAAAUGUGCCAAUGGUUUUCACUGGCCACUCACUUGGACGAGAUAAGCUUGAACAACUUUUGAAACAAGGACGACUAUCAAGAGAAGAAAUAAAUUCAACAUACAAAAUAAUGCGGCGGAUAGAAGCUGAGGAGUUAUCUCUUGACGCGUCUGAAAUUGUUAUAACUAGCACCAGACAAGAGAUAGAAGAGCAAUGGCGCCUUUAUGAUGGAUUUGAUCCAGUACUAGAGCGCAAAUUGAGAGCAAGAAUCAAAAGGGGUGUCAGCUGUCAUGGCAGGUUUAUGCCUCGUAUGGUUGUAAUUCCUCCUGGAAUGGAAUUUCAUCAUAUUGUUCCACAUGAUGGAGAUGUGGAUGGGGAAAUGGAAAAGAAUGAAGAUAAUCCUGCUUCUCCAGACCCACCUAUAUGGUCUGAGAUAAUGCGUUUCUUUUCCAAUCCACGCAAACCUAUGAUACUUGCCCUUGCCCGGCCAGACCCUAAAAAGAAUAUUACAACUUUGGUCAAAGCAUUUGGCGAAUGCCGCCCUUUGAGGGAGCUGGCUAACCUGUGUCUAGUAAUGGGAAACCGUGAUGAUAUUGAUGAAAUGUCUGGAACAAAUGCAUCAGUGCUUCUUUCAAUUCUUAAAUUGAUAGACAGAUAUGAUCUGUAUGGCCAAGUAGCAUAUCCUAAACACCACAAGCAGUAUGAAGUUGCUGACAUUUAUCGACUAGCAGCAAAAACAAAGGGUGUUUUCAUCAAUCCAGCUUUCAUCGAGCCAUUUGGGCUUACUUUGAUUGAGGCGGCAGCUUAUGGUUUGCCUACGGUUGCCACAAAAAAUGGGGGUCCUGUUGACAUCCAUCGGGUUCUCGACAAUGGUCUACUGGUAGACCCUCAUGAUCAGCAGUCUAUUGCUGAUGCUCUACUUAAGCUUGUUUCUGAUAAGCAACUCUGGGCAAGAUGCAGACAGAAUGGACUGAAAAACAUUCACCAGUUUUCAUGGCCAGAGCACUGUAAAACAUACUUAUCCCGCAUAAUCAGUUGCAAACCAAGGCAACCUCAGUGGCAGAGAAUUGAUGAUGGACUUGAAAAAGUGGAAUCUGAUUCACCUGGUGAUUCCUUGAGAGACAUACAGGAUUUAUCUUUGAACUUGAAGUUUUCAUUGGAUGGUGACAAAAUUGAAGAGGGUAAUACUUUUGAUAAUGCUCUGGAUACUGAAGAAAAUUCUGCUAGUGGGAAAAACAAGUUAGAGAAUGCCAUUUUGGCAUGGUCAAAGGGCACGAUUGGUGGAGCACAAAAGUCUGACCAAAAUGUUGGCACCAGUAAAUUCCCGGCAAUGAGGAGGACACAUAUAUUUGUCAUUGCCGUGGACAGUGAUACAAAUUCAGAUUUCCUUGAAAUCAUUAAAAAAGUUGUUGAGACAGUACGGAAGGGAAAUUCUGCUGGUUUUAUCGGGAUAAUUUUGUCAACAGCAUUGACUAUCUCAGAGGUACAUUCUGUUCUGGUGUCAGGAGGUUUGAGCCCAUUAGAUUUUGAUGCUUUUAUCUGCAAUAGUGGUAGCGAGCUCUACUAUCCAUCUUCAAGCACUGAGGAUGUUCCCGGGCUUCCCUUUGUAGUAGAUUUAGAUUACCAUUCACAUACUGAAUAUCGCUGGGGUGGUGAAGGUCUGAGGAAGACUUUGGUUCGUUGGGCUGCUUCUAUAAAUGAUAAAAAGCCAGAAGAAGGAAAGAUUGUGGAACAUGAUGAAUCAAGAUCAACUGCACAUUGCUAUGCUUUCAAAGUGGCAAAUCCAUCAUUGAUUCCUCCAGUUAAGGAACUAAGGAAACUGAUGAGAAUUCAGGCUCUUCGGUGCCAUGUUACUUAUUGUCAAAAUGGUACCAAUCUCCAUGUAAUCCCCGUGUUGGCUUCUCGAUCCCAAGCGCUCAGGUAUCUCCAUGUUCGUUGGGGCAUAGAUUUGAAGAAUGUUGUUGUGUUUGUUGGAGAAUGCGGAGACUCAGACUAUGAGGGCUUGCUUGGAGGGAUCCAUAAAACUGUGAUAUUGAAAGGAGUGGGCAUCAAUGCCCGUAAGCUCCACGCUAAUAGAAACUAUCCUUUAGAGGAUGUAUUGCCACUGGACAGUCCCAAUGUUGUUCAAACGGAAGCACGCGACAACUCCAGCAUAAGAACAUCACUGGAAAAACUAGGGGUUCUAAAGGUAUAGAAGUUUGCUGCGUGACUAAAAAAUUUCUCAUGUUUUACAGUCUUGUAAUAAUUAGGUUUGGCUUCCAAUCCUACAUCCAAACGGUAUAUUUUUUUCCUCCAAAAACUUUUAUUACUGCAAUGUUUGGCUUCCAGUAAAUCCGGUCCGGCCUCAAAUUGGGACUUUAUAUAUGUACACUUUCUCAUUAUUCUGUUUGGUUUUUAUUGUUUAAGUAGUAAGUUAACGUGGAGCAAGGUAGUCGCAAACGUGAUCCAUCAUCCCUUGCAGCCACUUUUGAGUUCUAGAGAGGUGGUCUUACAGCUUUCCAGAAGCUUUUCGCUUUUUGGUUAUGAAAUGUUGGAUGUAAUAUGCAAUGAAUAAAUAAUACUCUUAUACUAUA